GAGUGAUCGUCACCACGCCCAGCCAGCCACCUCCAUCCCCGUCGCAUCCCCGUCGCAUGCCCAUCCGUCCCAACACAUCCUCGUCUCGCCAGCCCACACUCGACCGACGUGCGGGAUGGGGAAUGCAUACAUCUUCAGUCUCCAGCCGACCUUUACGCAGGGAUUGAUUCUUGGGCAGUUCUCCAUUCUCUUCCUCCUCAUCCUCAUCCUCAAGUACCUCUUCUUCGACACCGUCGCGGAUCGCUCCUACCGUGCGUCCUCGUACCAACCAAAACUCGAGAGAGAUGAGGAUGAGGAUAUUGCCCUCCUUGCCGAGCGGCUGGCUUCGGGCCUGGACAAAAGUGGGAAGACGGAAGCAGGCAGGUCGGAGAGCGCAGACUGGCUCAACGGCGUCCUGCGGCAGGUGGUAGACUCGUAUCGCGUGAAACUCCGUGAUGGGUUGUCUGGCGUUGCUGGUGAUGAAGUCGCGCGAAAGCGAGUGGAAGAAUUCGCGAACAGAGCACGUCCACCAGGGUUCCUGGACCCCAUCAGAGUCCAUUCUGUCGACUUGGGUAUUUCCGCCCCACGCUUGUCCCGGGCACGUCAAAAGCCUUCCAUCUCGCAAACCGCAGACCCCGCCAUUGAACUUGACAUGGACUACGUAGAUACCAUUUCGAUAUCCCUUUCUACCUCCGUCCUGUUCAACUACCCGUUCACAUCAUUCGCUCGACUUCCAGUCUCACUCACAAUAUCCCUUUCAAUUUUCUCCGCUACGAUAUGCUUAACGCCGCCACAGCCCCUUUCACCGCAUCCCACGCUCACUAUUGCCUUGCCAUCUCCUGAGACCGACUUCACGCUGAACCUUCAGACGAAGUCACUUAUGGGCAGUCGGGCGAAACUAGCCGACGUGCCGAAGUUGCACGAGCUCAUUACGAACCAGAUACGACGAGCCCUCGUAGAUAAAGGGACGUUCAAAAUCGUGCUUCCGGGACUCGCCAGCGUGGACGAGGUCAAGGAGGACAUCAAGAAAGAACGCGAGUUGAACGGUUUGCCUGUGAACUAAUGUUCUAGACUCAGCAUGAUAUGUUCCACUAUUGUACGAGGGUAUUGUAGAACGCGCAGUGUAUUAAUGGAUGGAGUAUUGUACAGCAACAAAUACGCCGUGUUGACGAGCCUGCAGGUAGCUCCGUACACUUGGUCCUACAGCAAGCUCAGGUACGUAAGUAUGUGG